AUGAGUUACGAUGACAAUUAGCUUGAUGUAUCGAGCAUAUCUAUUAUAAAAAAGUUUCUAAAUUCUGAACUUCUUGAGGAAUCUGAAUUUGAUUUAGAAUAAGCAAAUGAAUAAAACAAAAAACCUUAAAAGUUCAACUUUAAUUUAAUGCUUGAAUAGAAAAAAGAUAAAAACAGUUAGAAAAAAUAACAUGAAUUAUAAGAAGAUUAAGACCUAAAUUAUCUUCUAAAUGAAUUAAGAUUAGAACAAAAGAAUUUUUAGGCUGAACUAGAACAUAUUCAAAGCUAGUUUAUAUAAGAAAUAAACUUUUUAAUGCAAAAAGUUUUUGAUUAAAAUAAAUUGUUCUAUAAGCAACAAGAAUAUCAACUUUCCUUAAUCUAAUAAAAGAAACAAAAACUAUAAUUGCAAUCUUCUUAACAAUCAUAUACAUUUUUGUAUUAAAUGAAUCCAAAUCUAUAAUUAUACUAGAAAUUUAAUAAAGACAUUAAAAAUCGUUUAGUAAAAUUAUUACAAAAUAUAAAAACAACCAAAAUAUGUUAAGAAAUAUUUAAUGGAUAGGAAUAACAAUAUCAAUCUCAAACAUCAAGAUCUCCGCUUGCUUAAUUAAACAAGCUAUUUUCUAGAUAAGCAUCUAUUGAAAAAAAAUAACCAUUUAGUAGCAAAAUAAAUAAUACAAACAUGAAACUAAAUUUAGUCAUGCCAAUUAAAAGAGAUACCUAAUCAUUUUGGAAUUAACCUAGUGAAAGAAAGUGUAGUAUAACCUCUAAAAUAAGUUCAAGUCCAUAUGAAAAGAGAGAUAAAUGCUUAGUUUAAUAAGCAUUAUAUAAAUAGUCAUCCGAUUUCUUAAAAUUUAAAUGUUGA